AUGUCCACAAACGACAGCGAGAUCGCUGCUUCCGCUGAGCGUCCUGAACGAUCUUUCUGGAAGCCGUCGACCUGGGGCAGAUCUAGCAAGUCGAGCAAGACGGACGCAAGCGCUUCGGAAACGAGUUCUACAUUCCCCUCGUCCCAGCUACAAUCGACCAAGCUCAGCAUCACCGGGGACGCAGUAACGUCAGACCCCGCGUCUGGGCGAUCCUAUGCCUCUGACUCUGUAUAUGACACCGACUCUCAGAGGUCUACGGAUAGGAAAUCAUACAGCCAGCCCGUGACCGGUACCCAAACCGAAACGACUACCCCCGACUGGAUUGGGCGCAAACCAUCUCCCCUUCAGUUCACCAGCGGACCGUCCCAGACCGAUGCCCAGACCGAUGCCCUCACUGGCACCGGGGCUACGACGCCCUACACGUAUGAUGAGGUCAACCGAAUACAUCGCUUCGAUUUGGAGACACCGCCGGACGGCAAAGUGAAAGAUUACACCCUCCUCGACAAGAAUGGGGAUCGCAUAUUCACGCUGCUGGUCUCAUGCUACGAUCGGCCAGACGGUAGCAGGGUCAAAGAAAUCGAAUACAAUACUCAUGGGUUCUCGACCGAUCAGUCCCGACGGUCUCAAAACUCCCGGCCGACCUUCCGAACCGACAGUCAGGUGACGGGUCCCUCGAGUAAUCCUGCCAGCACCGCGCCCGAGACCACGGCAAAUACCCCCACUCCUAUACACAAGAAGAAGGGGGCGAGAUUCGACUCGACCGCGACCGAGAUCAAUACCGACGGUUCCAAACUGCCGACUAGCCUGGGCCCAGCGGGGAACUACGUGGAGACCGACCCUCGGAGGAUCCGAGCCCAAGCGGAUUUGUCGAAGUCACCCAGCGCGUGGCUCAAGAGUGGUAUGUGCGAGACCUUGGAUGAGCGCGACAAGAAGCUCCAUGACUAUACCGUGACGAUGACGGACGCCCCUCGAUACAAAUUCAGGAAAUCGAACACUGACUAUGAUUACGAUGCCGAGUCGUGCAUGGCGAGAUACGUCACCGAUCGCCUCAGGAAACCGGACUCGACGUACCUCUCUACCAACAGGACCGCCGCCGCGACGGCGACUGCCGAGUUGGACAGUAUAGCCUCGGAGUUUGCCAAGUCGCGCCGUCUCAGUCUUGACAUCCAGGAGUCGGUCGAUCCGUUCAGCAAGGAGACGGUAGGCCUCAUCACUAGCGGGAACUCUCGGCUGCCUGCGAGGACCGAUGCCUCCGGAAGAACCACAUGUACCCUGGCUGAAGGUCUGGCCGGCAAGACGGACACGGAAGUCGACAGGAUUAUCAGCAAAUCCUCCGCACGACUGAUUGACUUCAGAGAUAUGACGCAAGAGGCCUGGGAACGGUACGACGACUGGUCAGAGUUCCGGGGGCGGCAGUAUGCCUCACUGGCGAAGGCCCAACCGCACGGUCCAAUCGACAGCUUGAUGACUGGUCAGUAG